CCUCCACCACCGCUGCCCGUCGCCGCACUCUGCCCGCUGCAUCGCACACCCCUCGCCGCCGACCGCGAUGAGCAGCAGCAGCAGCUCGGCUCCGCCGUCGGGCGCCGCACGCGCCGCGCCCGGCGAGACGCUGCCCGCGUCGUCGCGCCUCAUCGUCGUGUCGAACCGCCUGCCCGUCACCAUCAAGGCCGACGCCAGCCAGCCGGGCGGCUACUCCUUCACGCUGUCCAGCGGCGGCCUCGUCUCGGCGCUCUCCGGCUGCAAGAAGCGCAUGGACUUCACCUGGAUCGGCUGGCCGGGCAUCAGCGUGCCGCCCGCCGACGCCGCCUUCAUCGAGCAGCGCCUGCGCGACGAGUACAGCUGCCUGCCCGUCUGGCUCGACCCCGACGUCGCCGACCGCCACUACAACGGCUUCAGCAACUCGAUUCUCUGGCCGCUCUUCCACUACCACCCCGGAGAGAUGAACUUCGACGAGGCCAACUGGCUGGCGUACCGCGAGGCGAAUCUCAUGUUCGCCGAGAAGGUGCGCGAGGAGGUGCGCCGCGGCGACAUGGUCUGGGUGCAGGACUACCAUCUCAUGCUGCUGCCGCUCAUGCUGCGCACGCUCAUCGAGGGCUCCGGCGCACAGGGCCACGCCUCGCAGCGCGAGCUCGAGCACGUGCGCCACGGCGUCGACGGCUCGUCGCACCUGCUGCACUCGGGCGCCCUCGCCGCGCCGCCGGGCUCCGAGGCGGCCGAGGGCGCCGCCGCCGCGGCGCGCAACGUCAGCGGGCAGAGCGGCGCCGCAUACAGCAAGAUGCAGGAGGAAGACGAGGAGAUGGGCGGGCCGGGGCGGGGCACGAGCGACGGCGAGACGUCGCGCGGCGCCAUCAAGAUUGGCUUCUUCCUGCACACGCCAUUUCCCAGCAGCGAGAUCUACCGCAUCCUGCCGGUGCGGCGAGAGAUCCUGCUGGGCAUCCUGCACUGCGAUCUCAUCGGCUUCCACACGUACGACUACGCGCGGCACUUUCUCUCGUCGUGCACGCGCAUUCUCGGCCUGCCGACGAUGCCAAACGGCGCCGAGUUCGAGGGCCGCUACGUGCACGUCGGCACGUACCCGAUCGGCAUCGAGCCGAACCAGUUCCGCGACGGCCUCGAGCGCGAGAGUGUGCAGGCGCGCAUCAAGACGCUCGAGCGGCGCUUCGAGGGCGUCAAGGUCGUCGUCGGCGUCGACCGGCUAGACUACAUCAAGGGCAUCCCGCAGAAGCUGCACGCGCUCGAGACGUUUCUGCAGGAGCACCCAGAGUGGAUCGGCAAGGUCGUGCUCGUGCAGGUCGCCGUGCCGUCACGGCAGGACGUGGAGGAGUACCAGAACCUGCGCGCCAUCAUCAACGAGGCCGUCGGGCGCAUCAACGGCCGCUUCGGCACCGUCGAGAGCAUGCCGAUCCACUUCUUGCAUCGCUCGGUCAGCUUCGAGGAGCUGUGCGCGCUGUAUGCGGUCAGCGAUGCGUGCCUUGUGACGAGCACGCGCGACGGCAUGAACUUGGUGUCCUACGAGUACAUUGCGUGCCAGGGCGAGCGCAACGGCGUCAUGAUCCUGUCCGAGUUUGCUGGCGCUGCCCAGUCGCUCAACGGCUCGCUCAUCGUGAACCCGUGGGACAAGUUCGCCGUCGCCGAUGCGAUUCACGAGGCGCUCACGAUGGACCCCGAGACGCGCAAGGGCAACUUCAACAAGCUCAGCCGCUACGUGAACAAGCACACGGCGAGCUGGUGGGGCAUGUCCUUCGUCUCGGAUCUCAACCGCAUCGAGAUCGGCAAGGUCGGCACCAGCCAGCCAUAGAGGGAGCGGCCGCCGCGCGAGUCACCAAUACACACAUAGAUGCCACACGUCGCGUCG